ACUUUUUUUCAGAAGUAGACGCGGGGACGGCGGCAUAUUCAUAAUUUUAAAUUUUUUUCUCUACUAAAAUCUAGCUAAAAAUUUUAAAUAAAAAUAAAUGAUAAUUCCGACAUGAGUGACCUAACUUCUGGUUCUCCGAACAGCUGUCGAUUACCACAAAGAACUCUCAGAAAGAAGACACUUUUAUAUCUACUGUAAAUAAACUGAUAAAAAAGUGUAGUAUAUAGAAAACGUCUUAUGGGCGGCUCCAGACUUAAAACCGUAAUCAGAGAAAAAAAAAUUGAAAACAAAAGAAAAUAUUUAUAAAAAUAUCGUUGUUGGAUUUCCUGUAUCUAUCUACAAAUAUUCCGCAUUCUGGAAUCGAUCGUUGACGUUCAUGAAAAACGAAAUAAAAAAAAUUUAUAGAUUGUGAGUAAAAAAACUAUAUUGACCUUGGAAAUAAACCAACAAACAGUUUAGAGACGGUGUCAUCAUUUUUGUUGAAUGGAUCUAGUAAAUAAUAUUGGCAAAACUAUGAUGACGAAUAUUCCAACAAUUUCUGCAUCAGUAAACAUGGAUAAAUAUGAAAAUGAUCUUCAGAUUAUUCAACAAAAGUUUAAUCAAAGAGAAAUAGUUUCAACGCGAUUCGAAGCAUAUCAAAUUGUCGGAGGCGAACACACAAAUCGUUUAUUAGCACUUGUCCAAUCAACCGGCACCCAUGCUAUUUUCUCUUUCAACGUUACUCGGCUUCCACCAGAAACUAUAUCCGAUUUGGCAAUUGAUAAGAUAUUCCCAUUAACCGAAACUUUUGAAUUGGAACCAGAAAGGACGCUCAAUUUCCUUUACAAUUUACCAUCAAAUCAUUUGAAGAAAAACCAUCAGUAUAUUAUUACUAUCCACUAACCAGCAGCAAUGGAGUCAAUGACUUUGGCAAUUUCCAAAAAGCUGUUCUGCGAGCAAAGCAAUCUUUUGUGGAUAUGCAACAUAGAAAAGUUGUCCAGCAACAACAACAACAAUUGCGUAGUGCAACGCCAGGUGUUGAUAAUGGAAUCGUGAUUAGUCCAAUAGAAAUCAGUUUUAAAUGGUUGAGCGCAUAUCAGAAACAAGAGGCAGAUAUGACUGCCAUUGAUAGAGGCAUUGCCGAUGGAACAAAACCACUAAAACGGGGCGAGACAAAAUUUCAAGAUGAACUUAAGAAACGGGAGAAAGACUUUAUUAUUUAUAAAAAUUAUCGAAUUUAUUGUGCAACCUGGAAUGUUAACGGUCAGUCAUGUCAAACGAGUGAUUUAGACCUAUGGCUAUCAACAUCCGAAGAGCCACCAGAUAUUUAUGUUAUUGCUUUGCAGGAAUUGGAUUUGUCUGCUAGAGCGAUUACAUUUAGUGAAAGUAAUCCUCAUCCUGUUUGGAACCGUAAAUUCAUGGAAGCUCUUCAUAAAAAAGCUAGUUACGAACAAUUGACGUGUGUACGUCUGGUCGGCAUGAUGCUUACAAUUUUCGUCCGAAAAGAACUUCGCCCAAGUGUUGUACGUUGCAGCACCCAAACAGUCGGUACCGGAAUUAUUUCCUUGGGCAAUAAGGGAGGCGUGGCUGUAAGUGUGACAUUUAAUGACGCAAAUUUGUGCUUUGUCAACUCACACUUGGCUGCUCAUAUGCAUGAAGUAACUGCAAGAAAUCAAGGCUAUGAAGCUAUUAAUAAGAAAUGCAUUUUCAAUGAUAGUUCUGGUCGCAGGAGUAUUUCACAACAUGAUCACAUAUUCUGGAUUGGUGAUUUGAACUAUCGAAUCAGUGAAAUUCCUGGCUUACGACAUGACUAUUCGAAGAACUAUAAAGCACUUUUACAAUUUGAUCAACUAUUGAUGGAAAUGCGUAAGCUUAAUGUUUUCCAUGGCUAUAUGGAAGGUGAUAUCAAAUUUAAUCCAACGUAUAAAUAUGAUGUUGGUACGGAUAAUUUUGAUUCAAGUGAAAAACUUCGAGCACCCGCUUAUUGUGAUCGUGUGCUCUGGAAAGGUGAGGGUAUAGAACAAUUAUCAUAUAACAGUGUCAUGGAAAUUAGACAGAGUGACCAUAAACCAGUAUACGCAGAGUUUUUAACAGCAAUUAAAACUAAAGAUCUUAAACUCUUUAAACGUGUCCAUGAGGAAACACUCAAACGCGUCGAUAAAUAUGAAAACGAUAAUCAACCCCAAAUCACUGUUGAAAAGACAGAAAUUGAUUUCGAUGAAGUUUCUUUCAAUGAAUUGAUUUUCAGAGAUUUUACAGUUGCAAAUAAUUGCCAUCUACCCGUUGAAUUCUCUUUCAAACAAACACAUGAGAAUGACAAGAAAAUAUGCGAAAGAUGGUUAGAUGUUGAGCCGAAAUCGGGAAGUUUAAUUACUGGUUCAAGCAUAAGUAUUCGAAUAAAGUUUCUAGCCAAUUCCGAUAAUAUAGCUGCGUUUUCUCAAAAACUUAAAUCUUCUAAGAAAAAGGAAAUAUUUGAUAUAUUGGUGCUUCAUGUUAAAGAUGGUCAUGAUGUUUUCAUAUCAAUUGUGGGCUUAUACAGACCCAGUUGCUUUGGUUUGUCAGUGGAGACAUUAUGUCAAACAAGUCGUCCCAUAUGCGAGUAUGUACUUGAAGAAUUAAAUGAAUUGGCAAAAAUCGAUGGAGAUAAAUUCAAAGUUAGCAUGCCAAGAGAAUUCUUCCUGCUUAUUGAUUAUCUCUAUAAAAGUGGAACAAAAACCGAAGGUCUCUUUUCACUGAGUCGGAAAUAUGCAAAUAGCGAACAAAUUAAUCUCAUUCGAGAUUGGCUUGAUAGUUGGUCAAAUGAGGAAUUUCCUGGAAAUCCUUAUACGGCAGCAGAAGCAUUACUUUGCCUACUAGAAUCUCCAAAAGAACCCCUUUUGAAGCCAUGUGCCGGGCAACUUCUAAGAACUACAACUUUGGAAGAAGCCAUGGAUCUCAUAACACGUUUAAGUCCACCAAGACGUAAUAUGUUUUUACAUUUGUGUCUAUUUUUAAGAGAGGGAAUUGGUAAUAAAUAUUACAAUAUCGAUGAAAUAGCUACAUUAUUUGGAGAUAUUCUAUUGAAAAAGAAAUCAGAUGUUGUUGAAGGAUUCCAAGAUGGUCGUUGUCGUUUAUUAAUGUUGAGGUUUUUGCAUUCAGAUUUAGGUAUUUUUACACGAAUAACGAAUACCAUUAUAUCUGAUUCGGAGGAUAAGUAAAAAUGUUAUUCUCCAAAACAUUGUAUUUAUUUAAAUUUACCAUUAGAUUUAAGUUAUAAAAUGUUUAUUAAAAAAUA